AUGCCAACGGGUGACAGGACCUGCAGCUCAGACCAGUUCAGCUGCCAGGAGGGUCAGUGUAUCCCGGGCACAUACAGGUGUGACCAUGUAAAGGACUGUGUGGACGACUCUGAUGAGAGGAACUGCGACUAUCCACAGUGCAGUGAGAAGACGUGUGCAAAUGGGGCUUGUUACAAGAAUUCUCAGCACUGCAAUGGGCUGCAGGACUGCAGAGACGGCUCUGAUGAAUUCAACUGCACAACACAACACUGUCCCAUACACCAGUUUGAAUGUGCAAAUGGCUACUGUUUGCCACUUUCCUUUGUGUGUGACCACUGGGAUGACUGUGGGGACGGCAGUGAUGAGCAAGGCUGUGUGUAUGAGAGCUGUAGCGGCAAUCAGUUCACGUGUUCCAGUGGCCGUUGUAUUCCUCAGCGCUGGGUUUGUGACCAGUUCAACGACUGUGGGGAUUUCAGUGAUGAGAGAGGAUGUGAUAGUAACUCCCGAGACUGUUACCCUGGUGAGUGGGGCUGCCCUGGCUCGACGGCAUGUAUAGCAAUAGGCAAAGUUUGUGAUGGCAAACCCGACUGUCCUGGAGGAACAGAUGAGACCAACUCCACAGCACAGGAAACAUGCAGCUUGGAUCGGUGUUCAGCCUUGAGCUGCGAGUACCACUGUCAUGAGUCUCCUCAGGGAGGUACUUGCUACUGCCCUGAUGGCUAUGCUGUAGCUAAUGACAGUCGUUCCUGUGUAGACUACGAUGACUGUCAGAUCUGGGGCAUCUGUGACCAGCUGUGUGAAGAUCGUCCUGGGACACACCACUGUAGCUGUGCUAAUGGAUACUUCUUGGAGCAGGGUCAUGUCUGCAAGGCCAACGUGUCAGACGGACUGCCACAGCUAAUUUUCACAAACGGGGGUGAUGUGAUGAUGGCUGAUAUACACGGACGCUUUGUCAGAACUCUGGUGCCGGCUCAGGGCAAAGGUUAUGCUGUAGGAGUUGCAACCCACUGGAACAGCGGAAAAGUCUUCUGGAGUGAUAUAGACACCAAAAAGGUAUACUCUGCCAACUUCAACGGGGGUGACAUUAAGGAGGUUCUGACGACUGCAGUCCUCCAUGUCCAAAAUCUCGCUGUGGACUGGAUCAACUUCAAACUCUAUGUCUUAGAGGCCAGGAUGGAGCGUAUCGACAUGUGCAACUUUGAUGGAGGUCAUCGGGUCACGCUGGUGGCUGAAAACCUGCAGAAUCCUCAUGGCCUCGCCCUGGACCCUACAGUUGGCUACAUGUUCUUCACGGACAUGGGAGAAAGAGAUGAGCAGAUGAAGCUUGAGCGUGCUUUUAUGGACGGCAGUAACCGAUUUGAGCUAGUGAAGACCAGACUCGGCAUUCCAACAGGAAUCACCCUAGAUAUUGUCACCCAGAGGGUCUACUGGUCUGAUAGCCACUUUGACACAGUGGAGACUGUCACAUACAGCGGUUUGCACAGGAAAAUAGUCCUCAAUGGUGCAACCCAGGCUCCGCAUCCUUUUGGAAUUGCUGUGUUUGAAAACCAUGUAUUCUUCACUGACUGGGCUAAGAUGGGUGUGAUAAGAACCAACCGCUUCAACGGCAGCAACCCAUCGCUUAUCUAUCGGACUGCAAAUCAACCGGGCCAUGUUGUGGUCUCACACCCUGUCUUGCAACCUGUUGUGAUGAACCCUUGCGGCAGACACAACGGUGGCUGUCAGCAGAUCUGUGUAUUGAGUCACCGCACCGACAAUGAUGGUCUUGGCUUCCGCUGCAAGUGUCACCAUGGUUACGACCUACAACCCGACCGCCAUUCCUGCUUCAAGGUGAAGGACUUCCUGAUGAUAGCCACCACUCUGGGGGUGCGGGGAAUUCCACUGAACUUGUCCCUCCAGGAGGACAUCACUCUGCCCCUCUCAGGGUUUGGGGCAUCAUUCGCUGGUUCUGCUGUGGAGUUUGAUGGCAGCGAAGGCUCCAUUUUCUACAACGACAGGUCCAGAGGCCUUGUCUAUAAGUCGAACCUCAAUGGCACUGUCCAACAGAUUCUGACGGGCUACAGAGUCGGAUCGAUAGACGCCAUGGCUUAUGACUGGACCUCCAAAGUCUUGUUUUGGACCACGAGCACCUACAGAUCCGUGGUGGCCUACAGAAUUACAGACAAAUCCAGACGAGAUAUUGCGACGGGAUUGAGGUACCCAAAAGGAAUCUCAGUGCAUCCUGGUGCUGGCUUCUUGUUUUGGUCUGACUGGUACCGUCCAGCGGUCAUAAUGAGAGCGUUCACAGAUGGCAGCAAUGCUAUUCCAAUAGUCAACACAACACUGGGAACGCCGUAUGGACUCGCUAUUGAUUAUGUGACAAACAGGUUGUAUUGGGUGGAUGCCGAAUUGAAGCAGGUUGGUCACAUUAGCAUUUACGGAACUGACAGACAGACGUUUACCAAUCUUGGCCAGAUCACUCAACCCUUCUCUCUUACAAUUUAUACAGACUACCUAUAUGUGUCUGACACAAGGACCAGAGGAAUAUUUGAGAUGAGGAAAAGGGAUGGAGGAGGAAACAUAAUGAUCAGACAAGGAAUCACUGGCAUCAUGAAUAUCAAAGCCUACACAGCUGACCUUCACAGCACGAUCACCAGCCAGUGCAAUAUAUUGCCCAACGGGCGCUGCAGCCACUUCUGUUUCCCAACUCCCUCCUACGGUCGAGUGUGCGGCUGUCCGUAUGGUAUGAAACUCCAGGUCAAUCAGAGAGACUGCAUCAAGGAUGAUUCUGUUCCCCCACCUGACACCAGCUGUGGCGACCAAGCCUUUGCAUGUGAUGAAGGCCACUGCACACCCCUCUCUCAGCGCUGUGAUGGAAUUGCUGAUUGUUUUGAUAAGACUGAUGAGGCCAACUGCACAGAUACAGGAGCGACCUGCUCUCCAUGGGCUUUCACCUGCAACAACAAGCACUGCAUCCGGUCCAGUUGGCGCUGUGAUGGCAUGGAUGACUGCGGCGACGGCUCUGACGAAGCAAACUGUCCCACUGGAGUCCCUAAAACCUGUGCCUCCAACUACUUUACCUGCGAGAACAACAGGUGUAUCUCUAAAUCAUGGCUGUGUGACGGUAUGAAUGACUGCGGUGAUGGCUCUGAUGAACACAACUGCAACUCAACAAUCACUACAUGCCCUCCUAACUACUUCCUGUGUCCUGACCACCGCUGUCUCCACUUCUCCUAUGUGUGUGAUGGAGACCAGGACUGCCUGGAUGGUUCUGAUGAGAAAAACUGUGAGUUUACCUGUGCCUCCUAUGAGUUUGCCUGUGCCAGUGGGGACCAGUGUGUUAGUUCCGUGUAUGAGUGUGAUGGAGUGUUCGACUGCAGGGACCACUCUGAUGAACGAGACUGUCCCACUCGAGGGCCAGGCCUCUGCCAUGAUGAUGAGUUCCAGUGCCAGACUGACGGAUUCUGCAUACCAGACAAUUGGGAGUGCGACGGCCAUCCAGACUGUGAGGAUGGAUCAGACGAACACAACUCCUGUGGGCCUGUCACCUGCAGAUCCAACUAUUUCCAGUGUGCCAACAAGCUGUGCAUCCCAACAUACUGGGUGUGUGACGGUGACAAUGACUGCAGGGACAUGAGUGAUGAGCAGAACUGCCCCACCCCUCCAUUUCGCUGUCCAUCUGACCAGUGGCAGUGCCCCGGAGACCUGCUGUGCAUUGACCUGGACAAGGUGUGCAACGGCCAGAGGGAUUGCCCUAAUGGAGCGGAUGAGUCACCCAUCUGCAACCAAGAUGACUGUGCACUGAACAACGGGGGCUGCAGUGACGGCUGCAUUCAAGGACCAUACGGGGCUCAGUGUACCUGUCACCCAGGAUAUCAGCUCCUUAAUGACUCCAAGACCUGUGAAGACAUCAACGAGUGUCUGAUUCCGGGUUUCUGCAGCCAGCAGUGCUUCAACGAGAGGGGAACCUUCAGGUGCUCCUGCUCACAUGGUUACCUCCUCGAGCCUGAUGGACGCACCUGCAAAGCUACAAACAACGUAGCAGCUGUACUUAUGGUUGCAAGACGUAACCAGAUCAUCGCCCAGCGGAUCAACGUGAGACCACCCCUGAUACAUCCAGUGGUCAGCGGUUCAAGCAUUGUGACUGUAGACUUUGAUCACAUCACUUCCAGAAUCUACUGGGCUGAUGCCUCGCAGAAGAAAAUAAUGAGUUCCUACGACAAUGGCACAGACAUACGGGAAAUGUUCUCCUCUGGUCUGAUGGAACCAGAGACUAUAGCUGUGGACUGGGUGGCUCGGAACCUUUACUGGACCGACUCUGUCAUGGAGAACAUUGAGGUUUCUACUCUGGACGGUCGCUUUCGGAAAGUCCUCCUCACCAAAAAUAUCACCCGUCCCCGCGGACUAGUUUUAGACCCCCGUAACUACACCAACCUGAUGUUCUGGUCGGACUGGGGUCAGAACCCCAGGAUUGAGCGGGCCAACAUGAAUGGAGCCAUGAGACAAGUCAUUGUCAAGGAUAAGGUCUACUGGCCCAAUGGCCUGACCCUGGACUACACCACACGCAGGGUCUACUUUGCUGAUGCCUACCUCAAGUACAUUGACUACUGUGACUAUGAUGGCAAAAACCGCUAUCAGGUCAUGGCAAGUGACAUGGUUCUCCAGCACCCACACAGUAUGACCAUCUUCGAGGAUAGCAUCUACUGGUCAGAGCGCUACACCAGCAAGGUAAUGAGGACCAACAAGUUCCACGGUGGCAAUGUCACCAUUAUGCUGAACAAUGUGUACCAGCCCAUGGGCAUCGUUAUGGACCAUCCCAUCAAACAGCCUGCAGGCCUCAACCCAUGCAAAGACCACCCGUGCACUCAGCUGUGCCUGCUGUCAGGCCUGAGACCCAGAUACUACAAUUGUGACUGUCAGUCUGGCUGGAAGCUUGAUGUGGACAAACGCACUUGUGUCAAAGAUGAGACUCCCUUCUUGAUGGUGGUGAGAGAUUCAGUGAUCUUUGGCAUUCCUCUGGACCCCACUGACACUUCAAACAACGCAAUGACUCCUGUGUCGGGCAUCACCAAAGGGCGGGACAUUGACUUUGAUGACCAGGAGCAGCUUGUCUAUUGGGUGCAGAGCACUGGUUCUAUAUGGCAAGUGAAAACCAGUGGAACCAAUAGGUCUGAGUUUGCUCCAGCUGCUCUCAUGGGCUCACCAUCCGGACUGGCUUUUGACUGGAUAGGCCGAAUAAUGUAUUACACCAAUCCCACUGUUAAAUCCAUAGAGGUUAUCCGUGUGGAUGGAAAUGAGCACUACAGGAAGACCCUCAUCACCUCCACUGGUAAACCAGAGGGAGUAGGAGAGCCUGUUGGAAUUGCCCUCGAUCCAGUCAGAGGGAGAUUGUUUUGGACAGACAAGGGCUCAGAUGGUGGAGUUCCUCCAAAGGUUGGCAGUGCUCAGAUGGACGGAGGAAAUGUCACCAACCUCUACACAGGAAAUCUGGUUAACAUAGGAUUCAUCGCUGCUGACAUCUCCACCCAAAAACUGUACUGGGGCGUGGCGGGCUCAGGAGUGAUCGAGUCUGGCACCAUGGAUGGAGUAACUCGAGUAACAGUGGUGAGUGGCCUGUCCCAUCCGUGGGGGCUGGCGAUUCAUGAGAAUCACCUUUACUACACCGACCUGGACUAUGAGGUCAUCGAGAGGGUGGACAAGGACUCUGGUGCCAACAUGGUAGUGAUGAGGAGCGGCAUGUCUGGCCUCCAUGCCAUCAAAGUGCAUGCCAGAGACAACUCAGCAGGGACUACUAACGCCUGCAGCUCCAACAACGGCGGCUGCCCCCACCUCUGCCUGCCCAAGCCAAACAAUGAGAAGACCUGUGCCUGCACCACAGGCUUUUACCUGUCUCAUGAUGGCACCAGAUGUGAACAGUAUGAAUCUUUCGCUGUAGUCUCCACCUCCAAGUAUGUCUGUGGUUUCCACAUAAACAGCUCGGACCACUCUGAGGCUAUGGUGCCUGUCGGUGGACCUACCUACUCCGUUAAGACCAAGUUGGACCUCCAUUUUGAGUCUGGCUUUGUAUACUGGGCUGACAACAGCACCUCCACCACAUACAGGGGCAUCUUCAGGGCGAAAACAGAUGGAGGGUCUUACAGGAGUGUCAUCACCUCAGGAAUUGGAAGAGGUGGCAUCCAUGGCCUCGCUGUAGACUGGAUUGCAGGUAACUUAUACUUCACAAAUGUCUUUGAGAGCCAGACCUACCUGGAGGUCCUUGCCAUAAACACCAGCUUCCGAAUGAUUCUCCUCAAGUCCACCAACGACCAGCCCCGUGACCUGGCUGUCAGCCCCAAGCUUCGCUAUCUCUUCUGGACUGAUUAUGGCCAAACACCCAAGAUUGAGCGGGCCCUGCUGGAUGGCACCAACCGCACUGUGUUGGCAUCAGAAAGCCUAGUGUCACCACGUGGCCUUAUCGUUGAUUACACCAACAAUUUCCUCUACUGGACAGACGAUGCUCUAGAUAUGAUCUCCCGAAUGGCCGCAGACGGAACACAGAGAGAGAUUAUCCGGUAUGGCAGUCGGUAUCCGUCUCCAACAGGACUGGCUAUAUUUGGAAACAACAUGCUGUGGGUGGAUAAAAAGCUUGGGAAGCUCUUCCAGGCCAGCAAGGACCCUGCCAAUUCCACCCAGCCAGAGGUAAUUCGAGACAGUCUUGAUCAGCCAAUGGACGUUGUCAUCUUUGACGUUCAUGUCCAGCCUACGUCUGCCCACCAGGUGGGCUUCAACCCAUGUCACGAAGAUAACGGGCGGUGCCAGCAGCUCUGCUUUGCCAUACCAGACCAGGAAAAACCAAAAUGUGGUUGUGCACAUGGGUCACUCCUUAGUAAUGGAGUCACAUGUGGUUACGGCCUAGAUGAGUUUCUAAUUUUCACCACAGACUACACACUGAGUAGCUUGAGGUUAGACCCUGCAGAUCAUAGCACCCCCUAUCCACCGGUGAGCCUGGGCUAUGGCUUAAUGGGUUUGGAUUACAACUUUGAGGAGAAGCGAAUUUUCUUCACCCAGUAUGCGGGGUAUGGUCGGAGCAGAAUUGGAUCCAUCAUCACGACAUCAGCCAGCAGCCCUCCUGUCUUUUUAGCUACAGAUUUGGAUGACCCAGAAGGAUUGGCAUAUGACUGGGUCCACAAGCGUCUCUACUUCACUGACUACUAUGCCCAGAAUGUUCAGUCCAUGGGGAUGGAUGGGACGAACCGCUCAAUUGUCGCCCAUGGAUACCGUCCGAGAGCCAUCAUUGUCGACCCCUGCUAUGGUUACCUGUACUGGACUGACUGGGGCUAUCCAGCUAAGAUUGAGAGGGCCACACUGGGUGGAAAUUUCCGCACCGAAAUCAUCAACAGCGGCCUUACAACACCCAAUGGCCUGUCUCUGGAUUAUGAAGAAAGGAUGCUCUACUGGGCUGAUGCCUCAACAAAAAAGAUUGAGCGCUGCAAUCUUAAUGGUGAGAACCGACAAGUGAUCCUCCAGGGGGUCCAGUACCCGUACGCCAUGACUGUCUUCCAACAGGACAUCUUCUGGACCGACUGGUCUGAGAGAGCUUUGUUUAGGGCUGCGAAGGAUGAUGGCUCUGGCCUCACAGUGAUGGCUCAGGAAAUGCAGUACCGUCCCAACGACAUCCAUGUUUAUACCAGAUCUAAGCAGGAGAGCUGCUCCAGCUUCUGUCAGCAGUUCAACGGAGGCUGCAGUCAUGUCUGUGUUUCCGGUCCAUCAGGUCCAGAGUGCCAGUGUCCUCAUGAGGGGAAGUGGUACCUGGCCAACAAUGGCAAAGACUGCAUCAAAGACACAGGAAGCCGCUGUCAGCCAGAGCAGUUCACGUGCCUCAACGGUAAUUGCAUCUCUUCGCAUUGGAAGUGUGACGGCGUAAACGACUGCCAGGAUAACACGGAUGAGCUGGAGAGAGUGUGCGCCUUCCACACCUGCUCAUCCAUUGACUUCACCUGUGACAAUGGCCGCUGUGUGCGGCUCUCAUAUGUGUGUGACUACACAAAUGACUGUGGUGACAACAGCGACGAGCGAGGUUGUCCCUUCCCUACCUGUAAUCCUGCCUCUGAGUUCACCUGUGCCAACGGGCGCUGCAUCAGUGCAGACUUCGUCUGUAAUGGCAUCAAUGACUGUAGAGACAACGCCUCUGAUGAAAUCAACUGCCCUGACAGGACAUGUCCUGAUGGCCGGAUCAAGUGUGACCACACCAACAUCUGCAUCUUCCCUGAAAACCUGUGUGAUGGCUACAACAACUGUGGAGACAACAGUGAUGAGAAUCCUCUCUUCUGUGCGGGUCGUACAUGCCCUCCGGACCAGUUCCGUUGCGAUGAGGGGAAGUGUAUCCCUACCUCGUGGGUAUGUGACUCCAUCCACGACUGCCGUGAUGGGACAGAUGAACCUCCUACUUGUGAGGAUAUAAUCAGAACCUGCAGUUCAGGCCAGUUCACAUGUACAAAUGGAAACUGCAUUCCUGCGUCAAUGGUCUGUGAUGGCAACAAUGACUGCUGGGACAGUAGCGAUGAGGCUGUUGAGCUACAGUGUGGCCAGCGUACCUGCAGUUCAGGCCAGUUCACCUGCCCGACCUGGCACCCAGGCCACCCACGUUGUAUACCAUUAAGUUUUGUAUGUGAUGGGGACAAAGACUGUGCCAACGCAGCUGAUGAGCUCCAGAACUGCCCCAACCGUACUUGCCAUAUGAACGAGUUUGCCUGUUCCAACGGGCUCUGCAUCCUCAUCCCCUACCACUGUGACCGUGUGAACGACUGCGGGGAUGGCAGUGAUGAGUUGGGCUGUACUUAUGACACCUGCAGCAGCAACGAGUUCACCUGCGGUAACGGAGCCUGCAUCCCUUCCGCCUACACCUGUGACGGCGCGAGUGACUGUCUGGAUGGUUCAGAUGAGGCUGACAGCUUGUGCAUCAAGCCCCAGCCCACCUGUUCUCCUCAGCAUUACAUGUGCAAGUCAGGCGAGUGCAUUGACAUCGCUAAGGUGUGCAACGGGCAGAAGGACUGCCGGGAUGAAAGCGACGAAAAAGGCUGUGGAAUCAAUGAGUGCAACAACCCAUCAAUCCACAUGUGUGCCCAGAUCUGCACCGACACCCUCACCGGGUACUACUGCUCCUGCGAGCCUGGCUACCAACUCAUGCCAGAUGGCAAAGCCUGCGAGGACAUUAACGAGUGUGUUAGCACGCCCGCUGUCUGCAGCCAGAUCUGCGAGAACGCUGUUGGCUCAUACCACUGCAAAUGUGCCCCAGGGUACAUCCGUGAAGCGGACGGACGCACCUGUCGUCAGAACAGUGGCAUUGACCCGUACGUGUUGUACACCAAUCGCUACUACAUCCGCAAAGUGAGCACUGACGGCUCACAGCUGAGUAUAGUCCUGCAAGGGCUGUCCAAUGUGGUGGCGUUAGAUUUUGACGAUGCUGAGAAGAGGUUUUACUGGCUGGAUACAGGGACGGGAACAAUUGAGAGGAUGCGUCUCGACGGGACUGACAGGGAGACACUGGCGGAUGAUGACCUUUUGGGAGCUGAGGGUCUGGCAUUGGACUGGGUGGGCAGGAAGCUGUACUGGUCUGACUCUUAUUACGGCUCACUUCACGUGAUGGAGCUGGAUGGGCGUUACCAGAAGAAGCUGCUGACAGGAAAGUUCACAGAUGGGAAUACCACCUAUAUCAUCAGCCGACCUCGUGCUGUGGUUGUUAACCCUAAAUAUGGAUGGCUAUACUGGACGGACUGGGGUGACACAGCGUAUAUCGGCAGAGCUGGCAUGGACGGCACCAAUGUUAGUGCCAUCAUCACCACCAAGCUGGAGUGGCCCAAUGCUCUGACCAUAGACUACACCACCAACAAGAUCUUCUUUGCUGAUUCCCACCUUAACUUUCUGGACUUUGCAGACAUGGAUGGCCAGAACCGACACCGGGCCAUCGCUGGCACACUUCCCCAUGUUUUUGCAGUUUCCCUGUUUGAGGACUGGGUUUACUGGACCGACUGGAACACACACACAGUGGAGAAGGCCCACAAGUACACAGGCGAAGAGCGCACACUCAUGGGCAACAACACACAUCGGCCCUCUGACAUUCACGUCUACCACCCCUACAGACAGCCGCGCAGUGUGAACCCCUGCUCCUCUCAUCACCUGACCUGCAGCCACUUGUGUCUGAUUCGCCCUGGUGGGCAGGAAGCUUUCUGCGAGUGUCCAGAUCACUUCAUCGGUCUCUCUGUGGGCUUCAAGAUCCAGUGUGUCGCCGACUGCUCCAGCACUCAGUUCCGCUGUGGGGACAAUGAGAAGUGUGUUCCUAUAUGGUGGAAGUGCGACGGCCAGUCAGAUUGUGGCGAUGGCUCGGAUGAACCUGAUACCUGCCCUCCCCGCGUUUGCCCCAUUGGCAUGUUCCAGUGUCGGGAUGGAAACUGCACUUACCCCGGCUUCAUCUGCGACGCUCACCCUGACUGCCCUGACAGUUCAGACGAGGAUGCGGCUCUCUGCAGUGACCACCGAUGCGAGGAUAACCAAUUCCAGUGUAAAAACAAGAAGUGCAUCCCUGUGUCCUAUCUCUGCGAUGGUUUCGAAGACUGUUCAGAUGGCAGUGAUGAGGUCACAGAGACUUGUUCCCAGUUGACCUGCCCUCCAGGACAGUUCAAGUGUAACAACGGGCGCUGUUUGCCAUUGAGCUACGUCUGUGAUGCCCAGGAUGACUGUGGGGAUGCAUCUGAUGAGCCAUAUGAAACCUGCAUGGGUCCAGACUACAAGUGUGAUGAAACUGAGUUCUCCUGCAAGACAAACUACCGCUGUAUCCCUCAGUGGGCCCGCUGUGACGGCACAAAUGACUGCCUCGACAACAGCGACGAGCAAGGCUGUGAGGACGUGACCUGUGAUCCCCUGGGAGAUUUCCGAUGUGACAACCAUCGCUGUGUUCCCAUUCGCUGGCAGUGUGAUGGCACCAAUGACUGUGGUGACGGCUCAGAUGAGAGGGACUGCCAGCCAAGGCCUUGCUCUGAAAGUGAGUUUAGAUGUGACGGCGGACUGUGCAUCCCUGGAACCUGGGUGUGCGACCAUAAGAAUGACUGCGGGGACAACUCCGAUGAGCGGGACUGUGAGCUGCUGACGUGUCGUCCAGGUUAUUUCCAAUGUGACUCGGGUCACUGUAUCCCUGAGGCUCUGGAGUGUGAUGGCCGGCCUGAUUGUCAAGACCUGUCAGAUGAGACCAGCUGUCCUACUCGUUACCCAGGAGGCCGUUGGUGCCCUCAGGAUGAGUUCCAGUGUACAAACCGUCUGUGUGUGAGCCAGAGCUGGGUGUGCGAUGGCAUCGACGACUGUGGGGAUCGCUCUGACGAACAGCUCAGUUUGUGCUUGAACGUCACUUGUGAGAGUCCUGGACGCUUCCGCUGUAAGAACAACUACUGUAUCUUCAGCGGCCUGCUGUGCAACCAGAAGGACGACUGUGGAGACAACAGUGACGAAGAGGAGGAACUCUGCCGCGAGCCUACGCUGCCCCCCUGUACACUGGAGGAGUUCAAAUGCACCAACGGACACUGUGUGGCUCUGCCGUACGUGUGUGACCACAAUGACAACUGUGGGGACCGCACGGACGAAUUAGGCUGCAAUUUCGGCAAUGAUCGCAACUGUGAGGAGAAGCUGUGCCAGCAGGAGUGCACCAACUUGAACGGCACCGGCUUCAUCUGCUCCUGUAGGCCAGGAUACAUAGUGGACCAAGACAACACCUUCACCUGCAAGGACAUCAAUGAGUGCGACGUUUUUGGCACCUGUCCUCAACUCUGUAAGAACACCAAGGGUAGCUACGACUGCGAGUGUGCCCCCGGCUACAGAAAAGUGGGUGACGGCAACAUGUGCGAGGCUGAGGGAUCGGCUCCCCUGCUGCUGCUACCGGAGAACAUCCGUAUCCGUAAGUUCAACCUGCAGGCGGAGACCUUCCACGACUUCCUGGAAGAAGAGGAGCAUAUCAUGGCUCUGGACUACGACUUUGACCACAACAACACUGGAUUCAGUAUGGUGUACUUCACUGUCGCCAGCCAGGGUGCUGCACGAGGUGCCAUUAAGAGAGCGUACAUACCUUCAGUGGAUGAUGGCAGUAACAACAUCGCUGUUGCUGUCGACCUCGGCAUCAGAUACAUCACCACACCAGACGGCAUAGCUGUGGACUGGGUGGGAAGGAAUCUUUACUGGGCAGACUCCAAGCUGAGGAGGAUAGAGGUGGCCAUGUUGGAUGGACGCUACAGGAAGCACUUGGUCAAGACUGAACUGGGCCACCCGUCAGCUGUGGCAGUCAACCCACGACUGGGGAUGUUGUACUGGGCGGACCGUGGAGACGGUGCAGCUAAGAUCGAGUGUUCUUGGCUGGAUGGCCAGGAGAGGAAGGUCCUAGUGGGCGAUGGCCUCGGUUGGCCCACUGGCCUUUCAAUUGACUUUGCCAAUGGUGACAGAAUCUACUGGUCUGAUUCCAAGGAAAGUCGCAUUGAGUCUGUUCUGCCUUCAGGAGAUGGGCGUCAAACUGCCGUCUACAUAGAUGUGAGAAAUCCUUUCAGUGUUUCUGUGUUCGAGGACCACGUUUAUUGGAGCACUCAGGAGAAAGGUGAGGUUUACCGGCAGGACAAGUUCGGCAAGGGAGUGAAAACCAAGCUGCUGACUGUUGGACCGUGGCUGACCCAGGUUUCUGUGUACCAGCAGCAGAGAUACAACUCCAUUGACAUGAAGAAUCCGUGUAAGGGAACCUGCAGCCACUUGUGUUUGCUCCGACCAGGAGGUUACAGCUGCGCCUGCCCUGAGGGCACCAGCUUUGUUCCAGGCAGUCACACUGAAUGUGAUGCUGGAUUUGAUCCACCGCCCACCAUGCCUCCUCCAUGUCAGUGUCAAAAUGGAGGCACCUGCUACUUUGACGACAACCAGGCUCUCUGCAUAUGUCCUUCAGACUGGAUGGGAGAUUACUGCCAGAUAAACAAGAACAGCAUUGUUGCAACUUCAGUUGGAAUAGCGAUCGGGGUGACAGUAGUGAUUUUGGCUCUGCUGGUUGCGCUGGUCUGUCUUGCCAGGAAGAAGUCCAACCUGAUGGAGACGCUACGUAACAACAUGCCCAGCAUGCCCAGUAUGCCAUCCAUGCCCUCUAUGCCAUCUAUGCCCUCGAUGCCGUCCAUGCCCAACCUGCCAAGCUUCAGAAAGGGUGUGUCUCCUAAUGGGUUGGAUACAGACGAGUGUGGAACAAGGGUGAACGGUGAACCGGUUCCCUGUAUGUCAGUGUCCAUGGUGGACACAAAGGGAAAUAAUUUUGAGAACCCUGCAUAUGAAGCUGGAGAAAAACCUCUGACAACAAACGAGAUGGCAACAGCCACCUCUGCUCCUGUUGGAACAAACAAGGAGUACAUUGAUAACCCUUUGUACCUAGAACAAGUUCAAGUUCAAGUUCCAGACAAGCCAAAAAGAAGUGCAAACACGCCUCCUGCUGCUGCCAACGAGGAGUCUUUUGAGAACCCAGCUUACAGCUCAGACACAGAAGAUGUUGACUUCAGUUCUGCCAAACCAGCUGCUUCCAGCACACAGCAGUUUGAGCCCAUCGGAGAUGACAGUUUUGUGUCUUUCAAAAAUCCCACAUACCCGGACACAUUUCCAGAUUCUGAAAUUUGAUGUGACUUCUACAUCAGAGAUCAGACUUAACUGCACUUCAGGACUGAAACUUUCAACAUUCAUGUUCAUCGGAGGAUGUAGCACUACUGAAGUAACAGAACAGAACAAAUCAAACCAAGUCAGUUUGUAAAGGGAAAUAUAUUUUCUUUCACCUUCAAUUUCUGUAACUAUUAUUGUAUACAAAAACUAAUUAGAUCUAAUUUAAUGUAACUAGUAUGAGAAUUAUUCAAUAAUAAUACAAAGUGAAUAGGAAUGAAUUUGUGCUCGGUUUAUGGUGAGUUUGUUUUAUAUUUGUAUGUAAAUGUUGAUUGUAAGAUAAUUGAAAAUUAAAAAUUCUUCUGUUGUCA